CGCCCCCCAGCUCCCGGCGGCCCCCGGGCUCAGGCGGCGCCGCCGUUUCCCGCCGCCUGCCGCCAUGGCGCGGUUCGAGCCGGCGGCGCUGCCCGAGCUGCUCCCGGUGUUCUACCGGCGGCUCUUCCCGCACGGCGCCUACGGCCGCUGGCUCGGUUACGGCGGCGCGGCGAAGAACUACUUCCAGCUGCGGGAGUUCUCCUUCACGCUGCGGGACGAUGUCUACGUGCGCUUCCAGUCCUUCGGCAGCCCCCAGGAGCUGGAGCGGGAGCUGCAGAAGAUAAACCCCUACAAGAUCGACAUCGGGGCCGUCUACUCCCACCGGCCCAGCCAGCACAACACGGUGCACCUGGGGGCCUUCCAGCCCAUGGAGAAGGAGCUGGUCUUCGACAUCGACAUGACGGACUACGACGACGUCCGGACGUGCUGCAGCUCGGCCGAGAUCUGCUCCAAGUGCUGGACCCUGAUGACCAUCGCUGUUCGCAUCAUUGACCGCGCGCUCGUGGAGGACCUGGGCAUGAAGCACCGCCUGUGGGUGUACUCGGGCCGCAGGGGCGUCCACUGCUGGGUGUGCGACGACGCAGUGCGGAAAUGGUCCCCAGCGCUGCGCGCGGCCGCCGUGGAGUACCUGACGCUGGUGAAGGGUGGAGCAGAGACCGUGAAGAAAGUGAACCUCGUGGAGCCCAUCCACCCGUUCAUCAGGCGGUCGGUGAACGUGGUGGAGAAGUACUUCGAGGAGUACGCGCUGGUGGGCCAGGACAUCCUGGGCAGCCCGGAGCGCUGGGACAAGGUGCUGGCCCUCGUCCCGGAGGAGCACCGUGAGCCGCUGCAGAGCGACUUCCCCAAGAAGCGGGACUCGGUGCAGCGCUGGGAGCUGUUGAAGAGCAAGAUGGAGCGGACGCGGCGGGCACCAAACACCGGGAAGAGCGCACCGUGCUACGCGGACUGGGAGAUCAUGCUGCAGUACUGCUUCCCACGCCUCGACAUCAACGUCAGCAAAGGCGUCGGGCACCUGCUGAAGAGCCCCUUCAGCGUCCACCCCAAAACAGGCCGCAUCUCGGUGCCGCUGGAUCUGCAGAGGCUGGACCAGUUCGACCCAUUCGCCGUCCCCACCAUCAGCUCCCUGUGCCACGAGCUGGACGCGGCCGGCGAUGACGGGGAGCAGGAG